AUGAUGGGAACAUUAUUCUCGAAACAACUAGUUACAUCACCGGCUCUUGAUCCUAUCCAGCUCAGGUCACAUGCUCCAAUGUUUGCUACUUGCCUGAGUUGAUCACUAGAGCCGGCGCGAGGGUGUUAUCGCUAAUAGCAGACGACACCGCGCUUGCCGGAGAAGAAAUUCACUUCGAUCUAUUUGGAUUGUUUAUCAUUAACAGUUAUAUAUAGAUAUCUGUGAAGUGCCUCAUCCUUGGAUUGUAAAAUAUGAUUUCCCCGUGGGACCGAUGGCAUUCCACCAGAUGCUGCCUGUGCUGUCAUGUCCGCACCGGCACCGUUAUCCUGGGGGUUUGGUAUAUGCUGAUCAAUGCGGUGGUGUUACUCAUCCUCGUCACGGCCCUGGGUGAUCCUGACCAGUACCAUCUGACCAGCGCUGAGCUGGCUAACGACUUAGAUGACAUGGAUGACGCCAACAUGUGUAUUGCUUCAGCGAUCUCGUUGCUGAUGAUACUAAUUUCUGGGAUGGCGACCUACGGUGCGUAUAAGCAACAUGCUGCUUGGAUCAUCCCAUUCUUCUGCUACCAAGUCUUUGACUGUGCACUGAACACCCUGGUGGCUGUUAGUAUUGUGGUCUACCCCAACACCAUACAAGAUUACCUCCAACAACUGCCUGAGAACUUCCCCUACAAAGAGGACAUCAUGGCCAUGAGCAACGUGUGCUUGGUCUUCAUCGUGCUCCUCUUCAUCGGAUGCAUUCUCACCUUCAAGGCGUACCUGAUAGCGUGUGUGUGGAACUGCUACCGGUAUGUGCGUGCAAGAAGCACCACAGAAGUCCUGAUAUACGUCACUACUAAUGACACCACGGUGGCGUUACUCCUACACGACGCUAAGCCCUCGAACAGAGCAGAUGGAGUCGCGCUAUCUGACGUACUGUUACCCCCAUAUGAUGACACCAUGUCUAUUCCAUCCAAGAACGCUCCUCCCCCCUAUGGGGCACCCUACAUAGCAUGAAGAACCUGGGCCGCUGUUCUGCUGACCAACUGGACCCCUUGUUACUACAGCAACCUGACAUUCCAACCAGACCUGGGUCAACAAAUAAUAUUUGUUUUCUUUCCCAUACACUAUGCAUUUUAUAGUUGGCAUUUGAUAACUGUCACACUGGGUGUGUGGUGUUAGCAGUAUUUUAAUAAAGUUUACAAAUAUAUAUACUUUGACCCAGGUCCCAAUACCACUGAUUCUUUCCAAAACAUUUAACCUACACACAUUUACUUACUUACCUGUUACUGUGAUGCUGUUUAACAUUAUACUGUUGAUUUGGAGUUAUUUAUUUUCACUGAUCUACAGUUGAAACAUCGAGCAGGAAAGAGUUAAAAUAGGAGCACGCUAGUAGUGUGUGUAAUAGCAGAUAUAUAUUUUCUUGCUUGUACUAAACUGUACUUCUACAUGCUCUCUACUGUCAGUCCUAGUCCAAAGGCCACCCACCAGAAAUGUGUUUCCAUGGUCUAUGAAGCAAGUACUUGUGAGAGACCUACACAAAUCAAAUCAGGCACUGACCCCCCCCCCAAAAAAUAUAUAUAUAUUGCCCAUGAUUUAGGCUGGUCCCAGAUCUGUAUGUGCGUUGUCAUGUAUGGCAUGACGAUUACAGUCAGAGAAGUUGGCUAAAGCACACACAGAUCUGAAAACAGGCCAGUGGGGAUUGUAUCCUCGACUCAAAAUAUUUAUUUGUUCUGCCCAUUAUCACUGUUCGUUGUUGGAUUUCCUUUACAAACAACUUCCUUUCUGAUAGGGUGCACUGAGAGAAUGUAUGAAGUGUUGCUAUGCGCGGAAGGAUUCCAAAGAUUUAAAGCACCUACCUGUAAUCUAACUGAUGAUCGAAGAGCAGAAGUCAUAUCACCAAGUUACUCGUACGUUAUUGUUUAGUGUGUGUAGAAAACUGUCAUUAGCCUGAAUUAUUACAACAGGACAGUGUUGAGUUGACCUUUAUUUUAAAGGUGGAGUUUUAGGACUUGUACAUUUGAUCUUAUAUCUGUGUUGAUUCCAAUAAAGUAAAAAGUGGUGGUCCUGUUUUUUUAAUUAAGUCAAUGUAAGUGGACUGGUCUGCUCUGCCGGAUGCAGUUAUUGGCAAGCUGUUCCCCAGACGGGGGGGGGGGGUCCUCUGAGGACUCCGUCACAUUUAACCAUCUGCUGCUGCAGCAUAAAAAGACACUGAAGUUAUAUUUAUUUGUCCAUUAAAAACACAUUUAUUUUGA